AUGACUCGCUCAUCGGAAAAGACCUACUCGCAUCAAUCGUAUGCAGCAUUUCGACCGAUUUACCUUGAUUCGCUCUAUAAUGCCAUCUUAUCAUACCACAAACGUAAGAUAGAAAGCGGAGCCGCUCAAAGUCUCUGCGUGGAUCUUGGCUCUGGUCAUGGAGUGGUGGCACGCGCCAUGUCCAAGCAUUUCGUGAAGGUGAUCGGAAUCGAUCCGUCGGAGGGUAUGAUAGCAUUGGCGAAGUCUCUUACUAAAGAGGAAGGACUUUCCAAUGUCACCUUUUGGCAGGGCACUUCAGAGCAGCUCUAUUUUGUUGGGAAUGGGACGGUUGAUUUGGUGUUGGCAGGGCAGGCAGCGCAUUGGUUCGAUUACAGCAGGCUGUGGCCAGAGUUGCAACGAAAGGUCAAACCAGGUGGCUCGUUGGGGUUUUGGGGAUUGAAGAAUACAGUCUUCGUCGAUUAUCCCAAGGCCGUGGAGAUACUCAAGGACUACAUCUACAGUGACGACAAGGACAAAUUGGGGUCGUACUGGCCGGCAUCAGGUGUGCCCAUGAUAACAUCAAUGUACCGGAACAUCGAACCUCCGGAGCAAGACUGGGAAGACAUUGAGCGCGUAGAUUACAUCCCAGGAACUAGCGGAUGCAACUCGGGAGAGGGUACGCUAUUUGUGGGUAAAAGAGCCCGGAUUGGAGACUGCAAGGAGACGGCCAGAACGUGGAGUGGGUUCUACCACUGGCAUGAGGCUCACCCAGAGGCCAGAAAGAGGAGCGCAGGCGGGAGCGGAGAUGUGAUAGAUGCCUGCUUUGAUGAGAUUGCAAAUGUAGAGCCCGAGUGGAAGAAUGACGACUUUGAAGUGGAAGUAGAGUGGGAGAGCUUCCUGCUAUUAGCUCGACGGAGGCUCGCGGAAGGAAAUGGCGAUUAGGGAACAUCUUCCACACGAUAGACAAGAAUGAACAAUCGAAUAAUUCAGCCGUGUUGUCGCG